AUGGCAUUAUCGGUGUCUAACCUCAGCAAACUCACCCCCGAGGUCCAACUCGCGCAAGCUAUUUCUGAAUACGAAGCUGUCCUCUCUACCUCCGAAAAGGCGUCGCUGCGCAAUUUCAAAGCCGAACAACAGAACCAUUCACCGGAUGCAACCGACGUAAUCCGGCUAACUGCGAAGAUUGACCAGACGUCGCAAAUCGGCCGGAGAUGUGUGGGCACGCGCUUUAGUAAUGUACUCAAUGCGAUUCAGGCUUUUGCGGGUGUUGGCGAUCUUGUCGUUGGAGGAGCGCAGAACUUGAUGGCGAGCGGGCUGUGGGCGCUGGUGCGGCUUACCCUUCAGAUGGCGACAAACUAUCUAUCUUUCUUGGACAAGUUCUCUGAGCUGUUCAUGAACAUUGGUCGUUCCGCUCCUCGAUAUCAGAAUCUGAGCCUGUUGUAUCCCCAGUCGUCUGAUCUCCAGCGUAGUGUCUGCGAAUACUUCACCACUCUUGUACAGUUGUGCACCAAAGCUGUGAAAUUCACGCGCAAAAGCGGAUUGAAUCGGUUGGUAGCCACGACAUUGAGUUCGUUCGACACCGAGUUUGGCGGGUUCCUUGUCAAGCUCGAAAGGCUUGGGAAUGAGAUAAAAGAAGAUGUCAUGCUGCUGUCUGCAAAGGCGCAGCAAGACGAAGUCCGUGAGAACUCCAAAUUUCGCUCUCUUGUCCGGCACAAAAUAGACAAGAACCAAGCGGACAGGAACCAGCUCGACAGGAAUGACCAGUUGCGGCGUGAACUUGCUGCCAAACUAUCCCUGCUCGACCAAUGCUCGACCUAUGAUCACGAGACAGCUUGGAGACAGAUUCGGAAGAAAGGAAACUCGUCUUGGAUACGUCAAGCACCCGAGUACGUGCAAUGGAGAGAUAAGACGGGCCGUGUCUUGACAUGUUUUGGAAAGUUGGGAUCGGGGAAAAGUGUUGUUGCUGCAAACGUGACAGAAGACUUGCUGAUGCGCGAGCCCAAGGGGACGGUGGCGUACUUCUUCUGCAGGCACGACGUCGCCCAGUCGCUCAAGGCAAGAACCAUCCUCGGUGCUCUGGCCCGGCAACUCCUGGAGUCGAUCGACGCCGACAGUGAGUUGUAUUCCACGAGUCAAUGGACGCAGAGUCAGACACGCUCUUUCCAAUUUUACGAGCUCGUUGGGCUGCUUCGUUACAUUAUGCUCGAAAGACGGCUGGAAAGAAGACACUACUCCAUCACCCUCGUCAUCGACGGCCUUGAUGACUGCACGCAGGCCGACAAGCAAAUCUUGCUCCGGGAUCUGGAUCUACGUUUUGUUCGCUUGUUUCUCACGACGAGAUCAGAGCUGGAGCAGACGGCCGUUUUGAUUAAUGAUUUUUUCCCUCUACAACCCACGCUACGCAUGUCGUACCAGGCGGAUGAGAUAAACGAUUAUAUUAAUGAUGAACUCAAUCAGCGGCUUGAAUCGGGGGCUCUUUGCCUAGGCAAUCCUGAAAUCAUUGUGGAAAUACAGGACACGCUGAAAGCGAAUGCCCAAGGAAUGUUCCUCUGGGUCGUUCUCCAAAUCGAUAGCAUAUGCGACGAAGAAUCAGACGACGCCAUUUUGACUGCCUUGCGUGAACUACCGCCAGACCUACCAGCAGUGUACGACCGCAUCCUGCAGAAAAAGUUACAAUCCAAGUACCGAGAUAAAACACUCCAGCUCGUCGCGUCAGCCUAUCGACCAUUAACAUUAGGGGAACUUCGAGAAGCCCUCAGUGUGACUCCCGGUGACAAUGUCAUGGACACGACCAAAUUCAUCAACGACAUACAAAAGACAGUAUCUUGUUGCGGAGGCUUACUCGAGCUGGAGGAAGAAGCGCUGACUGUACACUUUGUUCAUCCAUCAGCAAUACAGCAUCUUUUUUGCGUAGAAAAAAACAGAGAGAGCAACAGCACGUCCGCCCGUUUCAGUAAGACUGAAGCUGAUAUUCUGAUGGGAAGCAUUUGUGUGACAUACCUCAAUUGGAACGUCUUUGAAACCAGACUCGCAGCGCAGCAAAAACAAUGGCAAAUAAAUGCAUCCAACACAGCUUCUGCAGUCGUAAAUUCGUCGGUCCAAUCUUCCAGUCUUGCAAAAAAAGUCGCCCAGAUGUAUCUAGAGAAGACACGACGGUCAUCACCAUCACUACCAGGGACCUCGUCUUUUGACUUUAAACGUGCGUUGAUGGAUGUCAAGUCCGGUAUGAGCGAAAAGCAGCCUCAGGAAUUCUUUUUCUUGCUGUACGCAAAGGAGUACUGGCUAGAUCAUAGUAAGGAAUUCACCAUAUUAAUGGGGGAUGUCUGGGAUAUGUGGAACAGAUUAAUCAAUGAUUCCCCAGCAGUUGUCGGACGGUUACCAUGGGAUUAUCCUACAACACUUCAGGAUAAUAAGAUACAACUAACUUGGAACUGGGCUUGGGACGAACUUCAUCAUGCCCUCAUCUAUACAAAGGCACUAGAGCCUGUGAAUAGAAAAUUAUUGUUCGAAAAGAUUGAAAAGUGUGAAACUGAGGCUUUAGCUUAUCAAUUGAAAGGAGGCUGGGCCAAUUCAGCCAAUGUGCGCCAGGCUAUUCUCAUUCGCGUGGAACGACUGUACCCCCUUCUUCCCCGAGAGGUUAUGACGGCAAUGUGGAACCUGGCUAUCUCGUACCAUGUCUGUUUAGUGAAUGACAAAGCCGAAGAGUUGCUAACAGACAUUUUGCUGAAAAAUAAUGGCUCUCAGCCACUCCCUAUUGCAAUGCCUACAUCAUCGGCAUUCCGAUGUUUAUUGAAUAGUACCCUAGCCGAUCACAGGGAGAUUAGUCUGGAGUUUUUGAACAAGGUAUUUUUGCUCAGCCGCAAACUGUGGGGGGACACUGUGCCUAUGGAGGCGGUAUUGGAAUAUAGAGAGGAUCAAAAGUUCAAGAAUCAGGAUUUAGUCAAUCGGCAUAUAGACUAG